UGGGUCACGUGAGCGAACACUGGCGUAUUUAAUGGAGUGGCGCGAGUUUUUAAGAAAACGAAGUUUCUUUCCUCAACGUCUUCGGUUAACAAAAUAGGUUUGUGGAAUUCACGAUGAGUUUCGGUACCAAAGUGAGACAAAACCAAGCAAAGUCCAAUGAAAACUCAAAUAUUUGCUCAACUACAAAAAGCAACAUGAGCUCAUCUAGACCAUUGCUGCAGGUGCUCCAACCUUUGGCGGUCAACAGAGAUCCGGGAAAGCCUUCUCAAGCAGGAAAAGGCGCCAUCCCGAAGCGUAAACAAUGGCUUGCCGAGCAAAACCGAGGUUUGAAAAGAGUGAAGAUGGAAGUGAAGUCGACACAGACUGAAGAUAUUUCCAGUUUGGAAGAAGAUGCUGCCAAUGAGGCAUAUGAGCUUAUGAUCAAAGAAACUCCUCCUCCUGCUUACUGGAAAGCGAUCGCAGAGGAGCGUCGCAAGGCUUUGUUCAAUGUUCUACAGGAGAACGAGAAGCUGCACAAAGACAUCGAAGCCAAAGACGAGCGGAUUUCUCGUCUGAAAAGUGAAAAUGAAGAACUGCGUGAACUGGCUGACCACGUGGAGUACAUGGCAGAUGUAAUUGAGAGGCUGACUGGGAAAGGACCUGAGAACCUGGAAGAACUAAAGGGCCUUGCACUCGACCACAAUGAAACUCAAGAACAAGAUGAAUUUGAGGAGGAAGAUGCAAGUGAAGUAGAGGAAAAGGAACAAAUUGAGAAGGACGCAGAGGACCAAACAUUGGAAAAUGACACAGAGGAGCGGAAUUAGCUCAAAUAUUUUGUUUGAUUUGGUGGCUGCUCAUGUUAAAUGAAGGCUUUCGUGCUGGAAUGUCUAUUUUAUCCCCCCCAUGAAACUGUAUUGUUUU